AUGUAUCUCAAUGUUCCAAGUAGACCUAUGUCUUGUAUUCGUUAUCGAUUUAAGUCUGAGAAGGAUUUCAAAGUCUUUCCUUGUAAUCAGGUAGGUUGCGUCGUAAAUCAACUCAAAGAUUCUCUUAUCGGUCAGUCGAACAAAAAGAAAUUACGUCGUUGGAAAGAUGAGACAGUUUAUAUCGUCAAAGAUGCUUCGACCGAUCAUGAAUAUCAGAACGAUGGCGAUUUCAUUCCAAUCUACAGAAGUGUUAUUGUGACUCGACGACCACGUGAGAUUUACAAGCCAUUAACUCCGGAAACAGUCAGAAGUGAACGACGACAGCCAUUUGCGUUAGUUAGUGACGUUAUCAAAGAAUAUGAACCAAACAUCAACGCGAUGCGACACAGAUUCAUAUCUACAGAAACAAGUGUUGAUCAGUCGACAAGAUAUUCUCGCAACGAUUCUGCACGAUCGACGCAAAGCUCCACAAUGACGACAUGUGCAAAACCCAAUUCAUUCCAUAAAACAUUAAAUCAUGCUUUUUCAGCGAAAGAGGACACUAUGAUUUUUAAUGAAACUAACACUAAUCUUGUACAACUAUUUUCAAAUAAAGGUCAAAGUGAUCAGGUGAUAUCUGUCAGCUCUUUCUCUAGUUUUUCACGUUUAAAUAAUGCUUAUCAACAAUCACCGCAGUACUUUGCUCGUAAUCAAAGUAAAAAGUUCCGUUCUACUCACUAUGCUCCACGUCUUUCACCGUAUCGAUCAUUGUGCAAACCAACAGCAAAUACGCCUCUUAACUAG